AUGUCGUCCCAGUUAAGGCUCGAUACUUCUUCAGUGGAUCAGGAUCAACUUCAAUUCCUUCUGGCACAGCAAGAACAAAUCCAAGCCCAAAUCGCAUCUCUCACAUCCGGUUCUUUUUCGACAUCGACCUCAUCCUUUCCACAACACAGGUCUCCCAUAUACAAACAACAAAUACAUCGAAGGCGCAAUGUCCCCCGAAGCAUGUCAAGCAGCGGAGCUCCCAUGGCCCGACAGCCAUCCUCUGACCGGAUUAAAACACCGGCGAUAACAAGGACAAUAUCCCAACAAUCCGAGCCUGCCAUGGUGCGAACGAGUUCUAUGUGUAGUACGUCCGCACGCCCCGGAAAACUCCCUUUCACCCAGAACGGUGCGAUGCCUCCUCCACUUCAGAAUGAUCAGCGUCGAGGAAACCCCGCCUUCGAAGCUUGGGUUAACCAAGAUCAGCCCUUAAGCUCUUACACCUUCUCGCAUCAACCCCCAGCUCCUCCCCUCCAGCGGUCCAUGUCUCAACGGAAACCGGAAUUAGAACAGGUUUUGGAGGUUCCACAAGGUUUUGAGAACCCCGGCGACUUUCUUCUUCGUAACGGCUUUACUGGUGUCUCACCAACACCAGUCUUCUCGAUCACACCCUCGCCUGUGUUGAUGCAGUCUUCAACGCCAAUGCAAAAUCAACAGUCUCGACAGUCAUUCAACAUGUCAAGCACACCUACAACAACAACUCUAACCGAUGCAACUACGUAUACAAGUAACAUGAGUCGGCAAAACAGUCUCUUCAAUGAGCCUCUGGUGGAAAGUAUUGAAAUGAUGAAGUUCAAUUCAAACAAUUCCUUUUCUACAGGCAUCAAUCAUGAUGAUUUUGUUUAUCCCGUUGCUCCUCAGUAUAGUUCUUCUCAUCAUAGUCGUCGGUCUUCCGACGAGGAACAGACUCAACUACUUGUUGGGGCUGGCGGUGUUGGCAAUGAUUCUCAGUUCUCUUUUUCUUUUCCUUGCACGGAAGCAUUUGCUCAGUCUCAAAUAUCUGCAUCUUUUGGUGAAAAGAUGGAAAAGUCACAAUCGAUUGAAAGUGUUUCAUCGAGCAUGUCAUCAUCAUCCCGCAAUAAGCAGCGGCUACAAGUCAGUAACAUGGCCGCUGCACGACUACUCAUGCCCAAAGGUGGCUAUGAAGAUAAUUCGAUGUUUCGAGUCAACUCGUCACAAUCAAUGACUCGACUCGAUUCGAAAGAUGGGUCAAAUGAUAAGGUUGCAAUCGAAAAACGUGCUUAUCAGCGACCCAAACACGAACGUGUGUUUUGCAAGUUGUGUGAUGAACACCCUGAUGGGUUUCGUGGCGAACAUGAGCUUCGAAGACAUUGCGAUCGACAACAUAAGAGAAUGGUGAAGAAGUGGGUUUGCAUUGAACCCCCAAGCGGUCAAGGACGUGAGAAGCCUGUGCUACCGCUUUCAAAAUGCAAGGCAUGCGCAACACAAAAAAAGAAGUAUGGAGCAUACUAUAAUGCUGCCGCACAUCUUAGACGGGCGCAUUUCAAGCCAAAGUCUAAGGGUAGAAACAAGAGUAGCAAAGUUGAGGAUUCUCAAAAGCGUGGCGGGAAGGCCGGAGGAGACUGGCCUCCCAUGUCAGAGUUGAAGAAUUGGUUCAAAGAAGUGGAAGAACCAGCAGCAGAUUACACUCAGCAAGAAGAGAACGAUGACGAAGAAGACAUGAGCGAAAACAUGUUCGACGAUAUAGCGCCAAACGAUCACACACCAACCGAGUUCGACAAUGCUUUCAACAAUGCUUCGAUGACCGGUCUAUAUCCCUCGAUCAAUACACAAAACUACGUCAACAACACUACUUUCGACAAUGCGAUGCGACAGAACACUAAUUUGUCAAUAAACUUUCCAGGUCAAAUAACCUUUGACUUAUCCUUUCCUAUGAAUGAACCAUCAGUGGCAUUCUUUGAUGCUACUUCUUCUCUUCCUCAAGUUUUUGAUAAUCAAUCACUUGUCGGCGUCGAUCCUGUAAAUUUUUCUUAUGAUUCAUCUCUUUCAUUCAAUUAG